GAACCAUGUAUCAAUAUCAAAGGUGAUACAUUCACUGGAAAGUCUUAGGAAAGAAAAAUUUCCUGCCCCAGACACCAUCUGCCAUGCUUACUACCACUUUGAGGCACUGACAAACCACGAUUAUUCUUUUUCGUGUGUCUGCUGUGGAUACUACCCACCAGUAGUGGUGAUGGACCUCCACAAAAAGGGAGUUUUUAAUUUACCCGUGAGUGACAUCAAGGAAGCUUCUGAAGACUUUACUGGUGAAGUCGACAUUGAACAUUUCUGGGAUAAUGUUCAACUGGAGAUGAUUUCUUACGGAUUUACCCCAACUCAUGCAAAAAACCCCUUUGGUGUUAAACCAAAUUUUGAGUAUUGGGCCCCAUGGAUUGGAAAGAAUACGCGAAAGUCAGAGGUUGUGCUUAACACGGAGUACGAAAAACUGUCAGCUUCGAAAUCCUCAGCUGAAACUGAAGUCAGCAUGGUGUCAGAGGAUCGUCUUGUUGAUGAGCUAAUGAAACAGAAGGUUUCAACUGUGCGCAAACUUUGCAAGGCCUGCAAUCUAGAUUGUAGGGGAUCACGGAUGGAUCUUAUCAUUAGGCUACGAGAAGAAAUGAAGACAAGACAUUCAUAUGAUAAAAUAUUCCAAAAGAUAUGGGGUGCAUCUGGUGGAUGGUCUGUGAUCCUCUGUCCUCAUGCUGUGGUUUACAGCCUUAAAUUUAACUUGAGGGCAGAGUCUCCGAGGGAUUUUACAGACCUCCUUUUAUCUUGGAAACAUCUUCCAAACGUCUCCGUCUAUGAUUUUGCACGAGGCUUGACAACGCAUGCCAACCUCCGUUUGCCAAACGCCUUACCUUUCAGGCCACACGAAGGCAGACUGGCUGCAUCACUUAGUGACAACAUCAGUAAAGCGCAGCAAAAAAAACUCAAAAUCUCUCUACCAUGGUUGACAGAAAAGUCCCAAACUCCCCAAAAACAUGGACAUCCUCUGACUGGCUCCUCAGACCACUAUGUUUUAUAUGACAAAUUUCAUGAGACCAAUACAAAAGAUCCACAGGAAAUCCUAAGAAGGAUCGACCUGGUUCCUGAACUUCAGGGUUCAUUGAAUAGCCAAGUGGCUGAGCAGCUUUUUGCAAGCAUGCAGAAAAACAAUUAUUUUCUCAACAACAUGGCACCGUCGACACAUAUUUUUUUAAUGAGAAACAUUAUUCAUCACCGAAAUAAUACUACAAAUGCCAGACUUUUGGAAAAACAAUUACAGAGAGGACUUGACUCCCAUCAUCUGAGUGAUAUUACUCUGAAUGACUUUGGACAAGCUGUGUUUGGUAAAAUCAAAUCUUCUUCUGUCUUUUUUUACAUCCUUUCUCCUUCUUCCUUUGAUUGUUUUUUUACCAAUAUUAUUGAAAUGAAGUGCUAUUGUUUUUAAUGUAUUUAUAUUUCAUUUUAUUUUUUACAAGCUCCAAGACCUCAAUCACAUUCAGAAGAACUUAAACCACAACCCCCAAAUGAUAGUCAUCCCCUACACAUACAGGGGUGCAACACAGAUACCAGUGGAAACAAUGAACAAUGUGGAACCCACUGUGCGGUCAUUACAAAUUGUGAGAGCAUAAGACCAUGCAGAGCUUCAUGGG